GGGCUUGCCUCGAACCUCCAUCCCACUCGCAUUCCAUCUGCUACCCAUCCAACCCUCAUCAGCGAAUCCCACCAAACAGCGCCGGGCGGCUCCGUUUCUUGUUCGCCAUCUUGCUAGAGUGUUGCCAUGGUCGCCGGGGCUUGCACUGCGACUUUGCGCUAAACCAUACCCUAUUUUUCCAGCCGCGAGUGACGGCAAACGGCAUCGAAAAAGCGAACAUCCAGCAAGUUGGGACGGCGGCAGCCCACUUUGUUGGAGUUAUUCGUCAAUCGACGCCCGGUCGGCCAACACCCGCUUUCCCAUUGCAUCACAGCCCGCAGCACACGCGAUCCCAGCCGCCCAGCCCAGCCCAGCGCCUGCCCAAAAAUCCAGCCCUGAAUCCCCGCCGAACAACAAAACAAACCACUUUGGGAUUUCUUGCGACAGCUGCGCUCUUUCUCUUUUCCACAGUCGCCCACCAUGGCUGACGCGACGAACACCAACGAUGAACUCUACCCCAUUGCCGUGCUGAUCGAUGAAUUGAAGCACGACGACGUCCUGCUCCGACUCAAUGCCAUCCACCGCCUGUCGACCAUUGCUCUGGCCUUGGGCGCCGAGCGGACUCGCGACGAGCUGAUCCCCUUCCUUGAUGAGUCUGUUGAGGAUGAGGACGAGGUCCUCGUUGCCCUGAGCGAGGAACUGGGGAGCUUUAUCGACUACGUCGGCGGCCCUCAGUGGGGCCACGUCCUUCUCUCCCCGCUCGAGAACCUAGCCGCGAUCGAGGAGCCCGUCGUGCGAGACAAGGCUGUCGAGUCGCUAAACAAGAUCUGCGGCGAGCUGUCGCCUGAACAAGUCGAACAGUAUUUCAUCCCUCUCACGAUCCGCCUCUCCAAGGCCGACUGGUUCACGUCCAAAGUGUCGGGGUGCGGCCUGUACACGGCGCCCUAUUCCAAGGUCUCGCCACCGGUUCAAGAACAACUCCGGCAGCAGUUUGGUCAGCUGGUCCACGAUGACACACCCAUGGUGCGCCGCCAGGCGGCCACCAACCUGGCCAAGUUCGUGAAGGAGAUGCCCGCCGCCAUUGUUGUCGAAGAGAUGAUACCCAUGUUUCAGCACCUCGUUCAGGACGACCAAGACAGCGUCCGGCUGCUCACGGUCGAGGUCCUUAUCUCGAUUGCAGAAGUCGUACCCAAGGAGCAGCAAGCCAGCCACGGGGUGCUGCUGACCUCGCUGCGCAGCUUGAUAGAGGACAAGAGCUGGAGAGUUCGGUACAUGAUCGCCGACAGAUUUGAAAAGAUCGCCAAGGCAGUCGACGAGGAGGUUGUUGCCAGGGAUCUCGUGCCUGCCUUUGUAAAACUACUCAAGGACGGCGAGGCCGAGGUACGGACGGCCAUUGCCGGCCAGAUCCCCGGCUUCUGCGCCCUGGUCGACCGGAACACCCUCCUCAGUGAGAUCAUGGGCACGGUGGAGAACCUGGUGUCGGACAGCUCGCAGCACGUGCGCGCGGCCCUGGGAACCCAGAUCAGCGGCCUGGCCCCGAUCCUGGGCAAGCAAGAGACUAUCGAUCACUUGCUGCCCAUGUUUCUCCAGAUGCUCAAGGACGAGUUUCCCGAGGUUAGGCUCCACAUCAUUUCGAAACUGGAGCUGGUAAAUCAGGUUAUCGGCAUCGAUCUACUUGCGCAGUCCCUUCUUCCUGCCAUCGUCCAGCUCGCCGAGGACAAGCAAUGGCGCGUGCGGCUCGCUAUUAUUGGCCACAUGCCUCUGCUCGCCAGCCAGCUGGGCGUCCAAUUUUUUGACGAGAAGCUCAGCCAGCUGUGCAUGGGCUGGCUCGGCGACACUGUCUUCUCCAUCCGGGAGGCGGCAACGCACAACCUCAAGAAGCUAACCGAGGUAUUUGGCGUCGAAUGGGCCAGCGAGGCCAUCAUUCCCAAGGUCAUGGCGAUGGGCGGCCACCCCAACUACCUUUACAGGAUGACAACAUGCUUCGCGAUCUCGACACUGGCUAGCGUCGUGACCAUGGACGUGAUCGCCAAGUCGAUCCUGCCCAUGCUAGAAAAGCUCGCGAGCGACGAGAUCCCCAACAUCCGGUUCAACGUCGCAAAGACGUACUCGGCACUGAUUAGCGUGCUGCGCCGGCUGCCGGAGCAGGGUACCAUCUACGCGCUGGAGCAGGCCAAGACGCCGUUCGCUGCGUCGCCCAAGGGGCAGCAGUUGGUCGACGAGCGGAUCAUGCCCAUCCUGGAGAAGCUCCAAAAGGAUGACGAUGUGGAUGUGCGGUACUUCGCGACCAUCGCGGCGGCCGCAGCGACGGGAGCGGCCGGGGGUACGGGAGAGCCCAUGAAUACAUCACCAUAGAAGAAGAGAGUCAUAAUGAAGCAAUUCCGUUCUUGCCGUUAGGCUCAGCGCAUUCCAGGCCAGAGUGGACAGGCCUUAAGAGUGGAGUAGAAAGACGUUGACAGCCGAUUAGAUCCCUCCAUUUGGCGCUGAUCACAUCUCAUUUAUCCAUCCCCGGAUAGCCUCUAUUUCGUCUUUUAAAGUGGCCAAAGCGCAG